AUGGAUCCAUGGGGAACAAGUGAUCCUUAUGUGGUUUUGCAAUUGGAUAGUCAAAUUUUGAAAAGCAAUGUUAAAUGGGGGACAAAGGAACCAACUUGGAAUGAAGAUCUCACGUUAUCCAUCAAGCAUCCGCCAACCAUCGAUCUUCAGGCAUUUUGGUAUUUCAAGUUUAAGAUGGUAUCAUCUUUGUUAGUUUUGCUAAUACUUGCAUUAGAGAUUUUGUUGUCUUGGGAUGCUAAUCUUGUUACUCCCCAUAAACGUAUAGGCAAUGGAAUUGUUAGCUUGGAGUCCAUAUGUUAUGGAAAUUCACAUGAGGUGCUAGUUGAAUUGGAGGGAAUGGGAGGUGGUGGAAAUGUACAACUAGAGGUCACAAGAAUUAUCGGAGCAGGGGUUCAUUAG